CUGAAACCUUUCAACUGAUAGAGAUAAUAUGUUAUAUGACAGGUCAUACUCACUGCUGUUUAUUCCCUGCUGUUGAAUCAUGUCUAAAGUGGUUGAGGGGGGCCAGUCCGCAAUGUGGGACAAAGAGGUUACAAAUAUUUUCUGUGAUUUGUGUAUUAAAGAAAUAGAGCUGGGUAACAGACCAACAACGUAUUUUAAUAAGGAAGGGUGGAAUAGCAUUGGCAAGAGAUUUAAAGAACUGACUGGUAGGGAUUACGACCGCCUUAAAUUUAAAAACAAAUGGGACCAGCUGAAGAAGGAAUGGAAAAUAUGGAAGGAGUUGAAGCGUGGAUCUACCGGUCUGGGUUGGGAUCCGAUUAAAAGGACAAUUGAUGCUCCAGCUGAAUGGUGGGCUGAAAAACUAGAGGCAGUACCGGCAGCGAAGAAGUACAAACAGUGUGGAAUAGAGCCGGAAUUUGAAGCGAAAUUGGACAUAAUGUUUAGAUGGGUUGUCGCAACAGGAAAGUUUUCAUACAACCCAAUUGAAAGCGGUUUUACAGGGAUACCAGAUGAGAUCACACCUGAUCCAGUGACACCCGAUGAAGAAGUUCAAAGCAUUAACCAGAGGGAUAUGGGGGAGUCCAGUACAAUUUUAAAGAGGCCAAGGAUUGCUAAGAAAAAUAAAGAGAAAGAACAUGCUGUGAACACCGCCUUCGACCGUUUAAUUGAAGCUUUUGCAGCUCCACCAAUAUCUGAAGAUAGCAUAUUAGACUGUCUGAGGCUUUUGGGCACUAUUCCUGAAGUUGUGGCCAACAAACGAUUUCAUGCACAGUGUGUGAAAAAACUGGAGGAUUCAACGCGAAUGAAAAUUUUCUUGGCACUUGCGCCUGAAUUGCGACUGGAAUACUUGCGGGUUUUGGUAGAGGAGUGAUUAUUUUUAUUGGUAUAUGUAUUUGGUGGACAAAUAUGAUCUUUCUAGUUCAGAGACUUCUACUUAUGUAGUUUUUUAUUUUUAUGUUUAGAACUUCUAAUCAUGUUGUUUUUUC